GUUGCUAUCCACAUAUUUUUCCCCCUUACUUCACCUCACCUCCGCGCUUAAGAGGCCGUUCUUUUCCCCUUAUUUGAGCAUUGAGCAACGCAACGCCGGGUAACUUGAGGGUCACAAAGCCAACGACAAAACUGCCAAAAAUGUCGUUCAUGCAAACAGGUUCGCAGUCGAUGUUGAAGGAUGGCUCCACAUUCGUGGACGAUCCGGUGGUGAAGAACAUCGAGGCGUGCCGCGAACUGUCGAAGAUCACGCGCAGCUCGCUGGGCCCCAACGGUCUGUGCAAGAUGGUCAUCAACCACUUGAACAAACUCUUCGUCACGCACGACGCGGCCACUAUUCUGCGUGAGCUGGAGGUGGAGCACCCGGCGGCAAAGCUUCUGGUGCAGGCGUCCAACGCAAUGCAAGAGGAAGUCGGUGAUGGGACGAACUUCGUCGUGACAUUGUGCGGUGAGCUUCUCUCACAGGCGGAGUCGCUCGUUCGCAUGGGUCUGCAUCCCAGCGACAUCAUUGAGGGCUACAAGAAGGCCAGCAACAAGAGCUUAGAGCUGCUGGAGACGAUGAUCUGCAAGAGCGCAGAUGACUGUCUUCUGAAGGAGCACGUCACGGAGGCCCUUCGCACCGCCAUCGCGUCGAAACAGUACGGCUACGAGGGUUUUCUGGCAGACCUGGUAGCGGAGGCGUGCAUCAACGUGUGCCCCUCCAACGUCCGCUCUUUCAACGUAGACAACGUACGCGUGGUGAAGCUGGACGGCGAGUCGAUCCUCUCCUCCAAGCUCGUCCGCGGUUUCGUGAUUGGCCGCAACACGGAGAGCAACUUGAAGCACCUCAAGAACGCCAAGGUGGCCGUGUACAGCUGCGCCGUCGACGUGCCGUCACUGGAGACAAAGGGCACGGCGCUGAUUGAGAACGCCGAGGACCUUAUUCAGUACUCUCGCAAGGAGGAGGAGAUUAUGCAGGAAAUUAUCGAGAACAUCUACAAAUCCGGCGCCAACCUCAUCGUAUCCAACUCGUCAUUCGGCGAUCUUGCCAUGCACUUCAUCAACCGUCUUGGUAUGAUGGCUGUGCGCGUGCCGUCAAAGUUUGAGCUGCGGCGCCUGUGCGCUGCGGUCGGUGCCCGCGUCAUGACCCGGCUGGACGCCCCGACAAUGGAGGACAUGGGCGGCUGCGACUCGGUGGACGUGAUGGACAUCGGCGGUAAGAGCGUCACGACGUUCGCGCAGGACAAGGACGACUCGAAACUGUCGACGAUCGUAGUGCGUGGCGCAACGCAGAACGUGCUUGACGACGUGGAGCGCGCUAUCGACGACGGCGUGAACGUCUUCAAGGCCCUCACGAAGGACAAGCGUCUUGUGGCCGGCGCUGGUGCGGUGGAGAUGGAGCUGCAGAAGGAGUUGACGCGCUACGCCGAGGCCAACCCUGGUCUGGACCAGUACGCCGUGCGCAAGUUUGCCUCCAGCUUCGAAGUGGUGGCGCGCACGCUGGCGGAGGUCAGCGGCUUCAACGGCACGGAUAUGGUCACGCAGUUGGAGGCCGACCACAACGCCGGCAAGAAGUACCAGGGCGUCAACAUCGCGGACGGCACCACGUUGGAUGCCUUGGAGACGGGCAUCAUCGAACCGUACUUGACCAAGUUCUGGGCGAUUAGGCUUGCCACCGACACAGUUCUGACGGUCCUCUCUGUGAACCAGAUCAUCGUUGCGCGGCAGGCGGGUGGCCCGAAGAACCGCCCGGAGCAGGCGCGUGAUGCGGAUUAA